UUGUCCUUAGUGUUUGAAACUUCAAAGAAGAAGAAGAAAAAAAACAAGAUAAUCUAGACAAAGAAAGAUUGAUUGAUUUUGGCUUGUCAAUAUGGUGAGAAUUGGCUUGCCAAAGUCAGCCUUAUUUUGUGGUGACAAGUUGGGUAAUCUCAUUUGGGGAGUAGCACAAAACUUUUUUCUAUUUGUUGCAAUGGUGAUUAUGACCAAUGGUUUACACUAUUUUCUAAAGCCUUAUUCACAACCUCGAAUCACUUCCGACAUAUUUGUAGGAGUAAUUUUUGGAAACUUAGGUUAUGUACGUGAUCUAUUUACAGAAUUCAACAAGACAUUUGGAUUUAUAAUUGAUUUUGGUAUGAUGGGUUACAUGUUUGCAUUAGGAGUAGAAAUGGACCCAUAUGUACUAUUACAAAAACCACCAAGACAUGUUAGAGUUGCUUAUUCAGGAGUUGGCAUAACAUUCAUGCUAGCAGCUAUUGUAUCCCCUUUUAAUAGGUUCUUCCCACACUUACAAAGACUAUUAGAGUACACCACAGCUCUCUCCAUCCUUCUAGCUAGCACGGAUUCGCCUGCAUUGACGCGUUUAUUAACACAGCUCAAAAUCGGAAAAUCAGAUAUUGGGAAGCUUGUAAUCGCAUCCGCAAUGCACUCGGAUUUUGUGUGCUAUUGUGUACUUUCGGUUGGUUACAUGUUUUCUCCACUCCCCGAACUUUGCGAUGAUUUGAACAAACCUUAUCUUUCAAAAACAAGCAAAAUGGGUUUGGCAGUUUUGGGAGAAGUUUUAUUCACACUAAUGUUUUCGCCGUUUUUCAUGAGUUGGGUUGAUGAAGAAAAUCCAGAUGGUAGACCUAUGAAAGGUCCACAUUUGAUACUUUCAAUUGCAUUUGUGGUGUUAAUGUGUUCCUCUUCUGUUUUAGCUGGUUUUACUCCAAUUUUAAGUGCAUUUCUAGUAGGUGUUUGUUUCCCUAGAGAAGGUAGGGUUUCAAGAUGGGUUAUCACAAAAAUCAAUUACUUGUUGAAUACAAUUUUUUUUCCAAUUUUUUUCUUGUGGGUUGGGUUUGAAGCUGAUUUGAGCCAAUUUGAAGCUACAAGGUAUCGUACAUGGAUAAAUAUAGUGGUGCUUAUCACUGUGUCAAUAACUGGAAAAAUUUCUGGAGCACUUGUUUCUGGGGCAGUACAAGGAUUUCAUUGGCCAGAAGCAACUGCAAUAGGAUUACUUCUUACGACAAAGGGACAUGUGCAUAUCUACUUGGCUGUCAAAGUGAUGAAUUGUGUAGCAACAAGUAAGUCCAAUGGCAUUGGGAUGAUAAUUGCAAUAUUUUUUACAGUUAUAUACACACCAUCAGUUGUAGCACAAAUCAUAAGACGUGCAAAAAAACGGGUACCUACUCGUCACAUGGUCAUUCAAUCGCUCGACCCAUUGAGCGAACUAAGGAUCCUCUUAUGUGUUCAUGGACCUCACAAUGCUCCUGCUUCCAUAAACUUCGCGGAGAUUUCAAAAGGAGCAGCUGAUCCUGGUAUUCUAGUAUAUGUCACUGACAUGAUUGAACUAACCAAUGAUAUAUCUCCAACUUUAGAGACGGAGGAAGGAUUGCACACAACAACUGUGAAAGACAGGGAAAUAUUGGACAUGAGAGAAAAAAUAACAAACGCAUUCCAGGCACAUAUUUUAGAUAGUGGUGAAGGUAUUACAUUGAAAAGAACCCUGGCACUGUCAACAAUUACUAACAUGCCGCACGACAUUUGUGUUUUAGCAGAGGACAUGAUGGUUGCCCUUGUCGUAUUACCAUUCCAUAGGGUUCAGCGUCAGGACGGAACAUUGGAUGGUGGUAAUCAAGGGUUCAGAUAUGUCAACAGAAAGGUCCUGAGAAGUGCUCCUUGUUCUGUCGGAAUUCUAGUAGAUAGAGGCCUUGGAUCAUUUGAACGUUUAUCAAGAUCUCAAACAAAAAUGAAUGUGGCAGUCAUAUUCAUUGGUGGGAAAGAUGAUAGAGAAGCACUUGCCUAUGCUAGCCGUGUCUCGCAACAUCCAGGAGUAAAGCUAUCUGUAUUAAGAUUCCUAGUAGAUACAAGUGCAGAAUCCUCUAGAUUAGCUGGAUACAGAAUCAUCCUACCAGAUCAAGAAAAAGAAAUGCAGUUAGAUGAUGAAUGUUUUGCAGAGUUCUAUGAGAAGCAUGUGAUUGGAGGGAAAAUUGCAUACGCGGAGAAGCAUCUUGCAAAUGCUGCUGAGACAUUCUCUAUUCUCAAAUCAUUUGAAGGACAAUAUUCAUUGGUUAUUUUAGGAAGAGAAGGAGGGAUAAACUCUAUUUUAACAAGGGGGAUGAAUGAUUGGCAACAGUGUCCUGAACUAGGACCAAUAGGGGAUGUUCUUUCAGGACCAGACUUCUCAAGGACUAUCUCAGUUUUGAUCAUACAGCAACACAAAGUUACAGGACAAAUAGAUGGAUUAGAUGAUGACUUUUCUAUCAUGUCAUAUAAUAAGUAUGGUUAG